GUUUUAUUGAAUUCAUCAAAGGUAUUUUGCAAGCGUGAGAGUUUGUUAGUUCAGGUGAAUGUAGUCAAUAAAAACUCUAGCAGUAAUUUGAAAUAAGUCAUCAGAUUUCAUUUAAUACUGCGAUGACAGCCUCUUCGCAAAACACGCCUUUAAAUAACUUCAGUAUUACCAAAACAAGCGUGGAUCCUUCUAAAAACAGUACCGCUAAUUCUUCUCAGCACCCAGCUUUCAAUGCAUAUCCCCUCGAAUCUUCACCUAAUUUACUUAUCCCUACGAAUGAUGUUGUAUAUAUGCCAUUAAAUCCAACAAAUGUACCUCUUUCACUACAACGUGCGUGUGUUUCUAAUGAGACUCUUGGCAGUGAUGUAAGGAGCUAUGGUCAUCCCAUAUGUCAUGGCUUUAUUUUUCCUAAUUCAGUAGUAAGCCCAAACGAUGCUGAAAUAAACCAGAUAAACACUCUGAGUGUGCAGAACCAUGCUGAGGACGUUGCUUACAACAUCCCGAGUCAGAGUUCAAACAGUGUAGAUACAAAUGCUCAAAAACAGCUGCAACUACUGUUACUUCAAAAGUUAAUUGAGUUGCAACUUGCCGAACAUUAUAACUCACUUAAGGAUACACUUCUAUUAACUGAAGAAUCUAAUAUCGAGUGUCAAAACCCUAAUCCACUACCUUGUUUUGUUCAAAAUUCUGACUGUGAUAUUAAUUCCAAUCCAGAUUUGUCUGUAAAUAACGAGCAUUCAAACAUGUCAACAUUUUUGGUCCCUGUCGAAGCCAAGUUUGAAGGCGAAAGUGGUUUGUCACUACAUAUAACUCCAAGAGAUGACAUCAGUCACGCAAAUCAAGGAAGUUCAGUAACUGUGUCAUGCCCGAAUCAACCAAUAGUCUUAUAUCCAUUUUCUAUUCAACAAGAUAAUUCCACAGAAGAUGCAUUCCCAGCCAGCCAAGCUGUUCCUGAUGCAUGCUCAAGUGGGUCGACCGCGCAAGCGCUUACAAUGAAAGAUAUAGAUCACUGUAUAAGAAGAGGUUCUCUGGAGUUCACUCCCGAGCCUAGCAAUGAUAUAGUUGAGAGUAUACGAGGUCGUACGAGACCAGGGUUUGUGCUGUUGAGCGUUCGACAUGAAAAAAUCAACACAGAAAAUAAGAAUUCAACAACGUCUGGGAAAGAUUUUCAGGAAGAUAAUUCUUCUAUUACAACAGCAGCCAAUCUUGAAACAACAAAGGCGACAAAUACCACCAUAUCAAAAAAGUUACCUAGAAAGAGAUUAAAGCAUAUGAAAAGUAAUGCAGAACACAAAAAGCGACCCCUAAGACGCUCGUCUAAAUCGCUUUUGAAACGUUUUGAAAGCACUGAAAUGCCUCAGUCGCCAGUGGAACUUACAGAGGAUGAUCUUAAAGCUUUGUCUUCACAGUCAAGGUUUCGAGUGACUAGGUUUGCAGACAAGAAACAAGCCUGGAUAGCUCCUGCGAGAGCAGGUUUUGCUGUGCAUGAUUUAUGGACAACCAAACUUCCGGAAUAUGUGUUAAGAUGUGCUCAGCACCUAAGACAACCAGGUUCUAGUUUUGUUACACAGCUGAGCAAAUUUAGCGAAAUUCCAUAUUCCUUAGACGAAAUUAUAAAUGGACAUUGUUCAGCCUGUGAAAAUGCACCUCCUAAAUAAUAUAAUUGGAUUAUGGAACAGAGAGUUGCUUGAUCUACCAAUUUUCUUUCAGACAAAUCCAAUGACAAAAGAAGCUAUCUGUUAGAAAAUUCUAUUUAUAAAUCGUUCAAUGUUCCUGUCCAAUAGCAUAUAUAUAUAUAUGGUAUGCGAAUUUCUUAACGCAUAUCACCACAGUGUCAAGAUCGCUUGCUCAAUAAAAGACCAUCCACUGCAAUGCUACGCUUCAAAAGUUAUGUAGCUUGUUUUUGAUUAUUGAACAUAUAUUCUUCUUCAUGUACAGCCGUUGUAACUAUCAAAUAAAUAGUAUGCCGAAUUAAAAUUUCAGUUAAUCAGAUGUAUGAUGAAUUCAUUUAAAUAUUUAUUAAAGAUGUCGCGGUAUAUUUAUUUGUGUGUACAGAUUUUAUUUUAUUAGAAGUUAUUUUUUCUCUCCUCAUUAUUAUUUUUGUUUUUAAGUCUUUCAAUGAUUCUUCAAUUUUUAAUUUGUCUGUUUUAUUUCUUCAGUGAUUUUCUCUAGAUUUUCAAAUAAAUUGUAUUUCAACAAAAGUAAAUUAUAAAAAUUGAUACUGGUAAUGUAUACGAAUUAAAUAUUCAAAAUAUGAAAUAAU